GGAAGCUUCAACGAAACAUUGUCUCAAUUUGUGUUCCUUCUUAUCUUUGGAGAGAGGAAAAGGGGAAGAAAAAAAUGGGCUCUUUCCUUUCGAGAUUGUUCGGAUGGGGAGGGGCUGCACCUGCGUCGUCAUCGGAGUCUGCUCGCAUCCUGACGUUUCCCUCAUCCGCCAAAUGGCAGCUCCACUUCAACUCCGCUAAAGAAAAUCCAAAACUGAUGGUGAUUGAUUUUGCUGCCUCAUGGUGUGGACCUUGCAAGUUCAUGGAGCCAGCGGUGCAUGCCAUGGCUAAUAAGUUUACUGAAGUUGAGUUCGUAAAGAUCGAUGUUGACGAUUUACCUGAUGUGUCGCAGCAAUUUAAGGUGGAGGCGAUGCCGACGUUUGUGCUGGUGAAGAAAGGAGAGGAGGUGGACCGACUGGUGGGAGCCAAUAAAGACGAGCUAGAGAGGAAGAUAGAGAAGCACAGGGCCCUUCUGCCUGAAAAAUAAAUGAUAAAGCUUUCAGUUUGUAAUAACAUCGUACGGGUUAAAUAAGGUUAGGUGUAAUGUUAACUAGACAAUCCCGUGCCUUGUACGGAUCUUUCAUAGCAAAAUAUUUACAUGUUUAUCUGUUUUUUUGUAUUGUAAAAAAAUUAUUAUUUACUU